AUACCUAUAACAGCCGGGACCCAUAAUUUUACAAAUAAUAAUGUCAUACGUACAUUUGUUUCAGUGGUGACGGACCCAGAUGACACCUAUACAGUUCUCAAUACGUGCCUCGAGAAAGAUUAUGUAUACGAAUUUGUAAAACCAUUUUUAGGUGACAGCUUAAUCGCGGCAAAAGUUCCGUUAUGGAAGGAACAACGUAGGCUGCUGAACCCCGCGUUCAAUCAAUCCCUGCUGGACACCUUCAUGGGUGUGUUCAACAGUCAGUCCCGGAAGCUGGUGCAGGAACUGGGGAAGGAGGCUGGGAAGGGUCCCUUCGAUCACUGGAUAUACGCGCGGCAUAACGCAUUGGAGACUGUCUUUUUGACAUCACUGGGAGUGGACUUCUCCCAGACGGAUCUGAGCAAAACAGAGUACUUAGAGGCUCUGGAGAAUAUGUUCUCUACGAUGGAAGAACGUCUAGUAAAGUUCUGGUUGCACAGCCCUUACACUUUUGCGUUUAGUGAUGUCAAGAAGCGCCAGGAUGAAAGUGUAAAAGCCUUACAUAGAGUGUCAAACACGGUUCUACAAACGAGAAAAGCGGAGUUAAAUAGGAAUGUGAGUGAUGAAAGAAGUUUGAAGUAUCAAGGUACUUUUUAUACCUAGUCGAAAUAUAAUAUGUACACUUAUAAUAUUUUUUUUAAAACA